AUGUCGAUCCAACCAGGCCUCAUCUCUCCGCCGGUCUCGGGCAGGACACACAAGGCGAGCCAGCCACGCCUUGGCGACGUCCACCGCGGUCUCAGUGCUGCCGAUGUGUUCGGCCGACCGUCCGACCACGAUGCUGCCACCACGCUCCACCACAAACCCGGCCAAUCGUAUUCGUUCGAGCAUGCGCACCUCGACCAUCCCAUCCAGAGCCCCGAAAAGAAGCUCAAGCAAGAUCCUCUGGGGGUUCCCGGUGCCGUGCGUCCUCCAACUCCACCCAUGAGCCGAGACGUUCGUCACGACGACAAAGUGCAACCCCACCACGACGAUGAGCUGCGACACCGCGCCAGCUCGGAAGGCGAACACUGGGCUGCACCCGCAUCGUCGAUUGCACUCGCACACGUCACCUCUGCCACUUCGGCCUUGGACCAUGCACACCACACCGAUCAGCGCUUCGGCACGCUCACCAAGGGCGUCGCAUUCGAGUCGGACGACGACCACAACCCUUUCCUCGACCGCCGACCCUCACGCCGCCCAUCAUCAUCCUCGUCCGAGGUCAGCAAGGCGGUUGCGCCAGUUGCUACAUCAAGCCACGCCACAUAUGCAGCCUACGAUGAAUACGACAGCGACCAAGACGCCGAGGGCUCGGUACACGACGAGGACGAGGACGAGGACGAGCAUGACUUCGGGCUCAGCGCCGACACUACACCACGCGCCUCGUCGACACGCGCCACCACACCGCCGCGCCGCACACAAGCGCCUGCGGAUGGUGCGGGCUACCGUCCUGCGCGGCCGCUGUCGGCGCAUGUGCGCGUGGAUAAUGAGGAUCUGAGCUCGGUGAUACCCAUCCGCGACACGCCCAUGAACCCCUUCCUGGCUGGUGGGCCGGCGGACAACGGAUUCUGCGGCCCGCGCGGCCACGAGGCGCGUCGUCGGGCGCAGCAGAUCCCGGGCAAGGAGCGCGGCAAGAUCACCUACGUCUUCCGCGGGCAAAAGGUGACCUACGCCGACCCCGAGUACGACUCGGACGACGACGAUUCGGACGACGAUGACGAGGAGCGCGCAAGGAUCAACGCGUUCAACCCCCACCACAACCCGGACCGACCACCGAGGCUGCAGCCGCGACUGCUCUUCCCGCCGACGCAUCCGAGCGUGUCGUCGUCGGCGGGGGCGAGUGGGUCGCGACCGAAAGCGACGCGUUCAUAUGCUCAGGCAGCGCCGGUGACCAAGACAAGCUCGUCGUAUUUGCCGUUUGCCGAUCUGGGCGAGGGCAAGGAUGAGGGCAGUAAGGGUGGUGGACUAUUUGCCGCCCAAAUCGCCGCUCAAGACAACCCGACAAGCACAGUACCAGCGACGCAACCGGCAGCAGCUGGAUCCCAGACUCGCAACGACAUUCGACACGCGGCGAGGGCGGCGCUGCUGGCGCGGCUGGACCAGACCAACUGGAGUGACGACGACGAGGACGACGAGCGUCAACGUGCCAACCGUCGGCGAGGUGCACGCGACAGCAGCCACGAUACGGCCGCAGACCAAGACGAAGCUGCUGAAGAAGACCAAGACGACGACGAGCAAGUCGAGGUGGAGAGCCAUCGGCUUGCACGCACGGCCAAGAGGCGAUCCGACGAGCUGCAGCGUGGCCACCAAGAUUCGCUCGACGCCAUGGGUCGACCGCUCAAGCGCUCUCGUGCGUCGUAUGCAUACUAG